AUGCCUCGUGGUCACAAGAGUAGACGCCACGCUCGUCAGAAAGGCGCUCAGGCCAAAGAUGACAUGCAGGGUGUUGAGGUGGCACAGAAAGCAGAAGCAUCUGCUGCAGCGGCAGUAGCAGUGAAAGCAGAAGCAACACCUGCAGCCACAGCAGCAGCAAAAACAUCACCCCCUGCCGCUGCAGCAGCAGCAUUACCUGCAGCAAAGGCAGGAGCGAAAGCGUCAGCACCACCUACAGGGAAAGCAACAUCGCCAGCUGCAGCCACAGGCGCAGCCACAACAAUAGCAGCACGAGCUGCAGUGAAAGCAGCAGCGAGGUCAGCACCGCCAGCUGCCGCUGCAGAAGAGUCAGAAGCGGGGAAGGAGUCUUCUUUUACCAAGGGUGUAAGUGGGGCUGCUCCCUGUAGCCCUCCCCUGACAUCCCUGAGGGGAUCACCAUCUGAGGGUGCUCUCCCUGCUGAUGGCUCUGUGGUCAGUCCUGACCAAGGUUCCAGUUGUAAGUAUGACGAGUGCCUUUCUGAAGCCAGUCACUGCACUGAGUAUAUGUCUGAAGAACCUCAGUGCCCGAUUGAGACAUUGGGGUCGUUGAUACUCAAAAAAUUUGAUUUGAAGCAGCCCUUUACUAGGUCAGAAAUGCUGUUGUCGAUCGACAAAAAGUACAGAGAUGAUUUUCCUCAAAUUUUCAAGACUGUCCAAAAGCAGCUGGAGGCGAUCUUCGCAAUGGAAGUGAGAGAAGUGGAGUCCACCCGUCACUCCUACAGCCUUUUCAGCAUGCUGAGCCUCCCCAACAAUGGCAGGGUGCGCCCUGGCAGGGGCUACCCUAAGUCCGGGCUGCUGAUGAAAAUCCUUUCUGUGAUCCUCAUGAAAGGCCACCGCGCUUCUGAAGAAGACAUCUGGAAAUUCCUGAAUAGGUUGCACGUGUAUCCCGGCAAGAAGCACAUGUUCUUUGGAAAUGCCAAUAGGCUCCUCACUCAGGAUUUUGUGAAACUGAAAUACCUGGAGUACCGGCAGGUGCCUGGCUGUCUUCUUCCACGCCGCGAGUUCCUGUGGGGCCCCCAAGCGCACGCUGAGAUCAGCAAGGAGAAAAUCAUGCAGUAUCUGGUCGGGAUGAAUAAGAUCUGUCCUCCCUACUUCUCAUAUCUUUAUGAAGACUUUGGAAGAGAGGAGAUAGAACAAUUCCAAGCCUCACUUUCUGCCAAGCGUGUGUCUACUGGCAAACCUAGGGCAGUUGCCCGAGCUAUGUAUCCUGCUUUUGCAAAGCCCAUUGAUAUCUGA